UUGAGAAUACUGAAUUCACAGUUCGGCCUUCGACUUUGACUGAUAAUUACAUCAGAUUCAUAGAUGGUGAACGUAUGGAUGCAGUGGAACGUUUGCAGAAAAUGACAACAAUAAAUGAAUUAACGUGUGAACGUAUAGCUUGCAAAGUAAUGCAACUUGCUUACAUCAUAUCAAACAGUAUGUGUACCGAAUUCAAAAAGAAUGCAAAAGCUAUACUUUCCCAACCAGUUAAAUGUGCUGCAAUCAUGACAGAUAUACAAGGUAAUGACGACACAGUAAGCUAUGAUGUGAUGUUAAAUACCGUAUUGAAACGUACAUCCCAUAACUGCGAUAUAUCACCGAUUAUAAAGGGUAUUAUACGUGACAUGGAAAAACGUUUUAAAGGCGGAAACUUAGCCGAUUGGGAAGUCGUGGAAGAGGCACUCAGUGAGUUCAUAGACUCGUGCGCCCGACUUGCCUGGGGUUUGGUUGUUCAAACACCGCCACUUACUUUGGAAUUUAACGAUAAACCUGUAUAUAACCCAAACCAACAUCAGCUAUCUGGCAUCAAGAGUGAAUCCAUUAAACCCGAUACAGUCCUCGUAUACAUAUGGCCAGUACUCAGAGAACAGGACAACGGUAGAGUUGUGUGUAAGGGUAUUUUGACAAAGAACGGAGAAAUUGGGAAAAUAAAGAAAACAUAGUGUCGGUGUCUUCAAACUGCGUACUAGCAUAAAUUGGAUACAAGAAUUAUUUGGAAUCAUGAUCGAACUAUUGAGCUCCGAAGUCUGUAAAUCGACAGUACUGUACUUAUUGCAGCGAUGUGUGAAUUUCUGAUUGGAUAACAACAAAUACUUGUAUGACGUAAUGACAAUAAGCGAAUCUAAAUACUACACAAUGUCUUACAAAGCGAAAUCAAAUAAAAGUUUCAAACCAAUAUACAUAUGAUACUACUAUGGCAUUGCUCAUAAUUACAUUUUGUUUACUUUUUGAAAUGAAUUCUCUACAACUGAAUUAUCAUAAAUUAUACUCUAGGUGUGCCCUGGCGAUACUCUUAACAUACUUAGUAAUUUUAAGUUAAAGAAUCUCUGCAAUUUGUGUAGAAAUAACAUGCCAAACCACAGAUAUUUAUACAGAAUUUAUAUAAAGAUAUUUACAGAUAAAUGAUUGACACUACACUACACUACACUACACUACACUACACUACACUACACUAUACUACACUACACUACACUACACUACACUACACUACACUACACUACACUGAAGUAUGAAACCUGAAUACAAAUCAGAAAAAUUACA